CAGCUCCAGAACUCAAGGACUGGAUUCAUUCAACAGAUGCACGGGGUUUGUAAGACUCAAGUCAGUCAGCGACCAUCGUGUGUUCCUUUUCUUAGUCGGUAUCCGAGACCUGCCACUAUAUUUUCUCUAGAGCUGCACCUGCUGUGAAAAAGCUGACGGUGUGUGGAAGUCAGCAACUGAAUAUCCAGUGAUGGAGAGAGAACACACGUAUUCAGAUGUGGAAGAGAACUUUGAAUAUUGUGAUAUAUUGAGCAUGGUGGAGGGAACAAACCCACUUAAUGAGAAGGAAAAUUGUGAUGUCUUCCAAGGGGACAGUUUUCAAGAAAUCCUACCCCUUCAGAAAAUAUCCAAAGGAGACAAUAGAGAAGAGCGCCCUGGAAGUGCAGAAGGUCUUUCUGAAACAGCAGAUACGACUAUGCAUUGGAACACCCAUAAUACAAAGAGAGCAUUUAAAUGCCUGGAAUGUGGAAAAACCUUUGGAUGGAAACAAACUCUAACUUCCCAUCAAAGAAUUCACACAGGGGAGAACCCAUAUAAAUGCCUGGAUUGUGGAAAAUGCUUCAGUCUGAGUGGACACCUAACUGUCCACCAAAGAAUUCACACAGGGGAGAAACCAUACAAAUGCCUGCAGUGUGGAAAAAACUUCAGCGAGAGUGGAAGCCUUACUGCCCACCGAAGAAUUCACACAGGGGAGAAACCAUACAAAUGCCUGGAGUGUGGAAAAGGCUUCACUCAGUAUGGAAACCUUACUGUCCACCGAAGAAUUCACACAGGGGAGAAGCCGUUUAAGUGUCUAGAAUGUGGGCAAGGCUUUAAAAGGAAGUAUGAUCUAAGUACCCAUGUAAGAAUUCACACAGGGGAGAAACCAUACAAAUGCCUGGAGUGUAGAAAAGGCUUCACUCAGAAUGGAAACCUUACUACCCACCGAAGAAUUCACACAGGGGAGAAACCUUAUAAAUGCCUGGAGUGUGGAAAAUGCUUCAUUUGGAGUGGAGAACUUACUGUCCACCGAAGAAUUCACACAGGGGAGAAGCCAUAUAAGUGUCUAGAAUGUGGGAAAGGCUUUAAAUGGAACAGUAAUCUAGAUUCUCAUGUAAAAAUCCACACAGGGGAGAAACCAUACAAAUGUCUGGAGUGUGGAAAAAGCUUCAGACGGAGUGAACACCUUACUGCCCACCGAAGAAUUCAUACAGGGGAGAAACCAUACAAAUGCCUGGAGUGUGGAAAAGGCUUCACUCACAAUGGCAACCUUACUGCCCACCGAAGAAUUCAUACAGGGGAGAAACCAUAUAAAUGCCUGGAGUGUGGAAGAAGCUUCAGUGACGGUGGAAGCCUUAAUGCCCACCGAAGAAUUCAUACAGGGGAGAAGCCAUAUACGUGUCUAAAAUGUGGGAAAGGCUUUAAACGGAGAAAAGAACUAGCUUCCCAUGAAAGAAUCCACACAGGGGAGAAACCAUAUACAUGCUUGCAGUGUGGGAUAAGGUUCAGUCACAGGCCAGCCCUUACUACCCAUCAAAAAAUAGUUCACAGAUGA